ACGAGACGAGACGGAGAAGCGAAAAGAAAGAUUAUUUCAAGGAUAAACCAUGGUGUGAUCGGAAGGUGUCUGUCUGCUCGGUCAACCUACAGUUUCGAACAAGAGCCUUUUUAUCGCAGUUUCGAAGAGUAAACAAAGCACUCGAGUGCGAGGGAGUCCAGCCGCACGUCCGCAGGUGUACAGCCCCCUCGGACGCAGCCAUAGAAGAUGAACUACAUCGGCAAGGUGCUGAGCAACGUGCGCGAAUUCUACAAUGACAUCAACACGGCCACCCUCACCGGCGCCAUCGACGUCGUCGUCGUCGAGCACCCGGACGGCACCUUCACCUGCUCACCCUUCCACGUGCGCUUCGGCAAAAUGGGUGUUCUCCGCAGCAGGGAAAAAGUGGUGGACAUUGAAGUUAAUGGGGAACCGCUCGAUAUCCACAUGAAGCUCGGAGAGUCGGGCGAGGCGUUUUUCGUCGAAGAACUGUCCAGCUCGGAGCUCGAGUCAUUUCCUUCGUACCUGGCCUGCUCGCCCAUUCCUCUUGAAGGCGAGCAGCUGAUGAUUGAGAAUUUCCACAACAAGAGUCCGAAGCCAAUAUCACCCUUGGCAAUUACUUUGCCGCCGUCUGCAGAGUUGAAAGAUCGGUCCCCUGAGAGAAAAUCCCUCAUUCCUCCUCUGUCGCCACUGCACGAAGCCCAUGAGGCAGCAGGUGGUAAUGCAGCAUCAUCAGGCCCAAAAACAUUCCACGCUGAAAAAGUUGGAGACGAGAACUCGAAGGCUGGAACCGCCGAGUUCAGGCCGAUCCACAAGCUCGGCGAGUCCGCUAGUCAGGAAGAGGAGCAGACGGCUAACGAGCCGAGCAAUGGCCAGUCCAACGGUGGCAGCAAAAAUUCGAGGCGAAAGAGAAGACGCAAGUCUCUUCUGAAGAAGAAGCAACAGCAGAACAUGACAAGCACUGCAUCAAAUCAAGACGAAGGCGAGGUGGACGGCAGUCAGCUGAACCACAGCACCUUGGCACCCACAUCUGCAGCCGAGCAGGCUGAGGAUACGCAGUUUGAGCUUGAGGAUGUCAACCUGCCGACUGAAUCAGAACCUACAGUUUGCACGCAGCAUCUGGGAGGUGUGAUGCUUUCGGGAUAUGGCAACUCGGCCGAAGUGACCUACAGCUUGGAAUGCAGCAAAUGCGCUGAAACGUGCUCAAAACUUGCCGACAGUUCUCUAUCCACAGAUAUUGCGGACGAGAAGCGAAAACCAGCCGAUCUUCACUUCUUCAGUGAUACAGAAGCCACUCCCUGUUGCAGUUUUACUCCAGCGGAUCUAGCUGCUCUUCAGGGCUUAAAUCUCAUCUGCCAGCCUUUCUGGUCAGCUCACAUCGGUCAAACUUCCCCUCAGAUCAAUCAUGGGUCUAGAGCCGGAUCACCUACGCCUCAGUCAGAUUCAGAGCUGGAACUGCGACGUCAGUCGAGUGCCACAGAACCGACGCAGCUUGAAGCUGAACUCCAAGCUGAGCUUGGCGUAGGCGGCAAACAGAGCUGGAAGUGGGGUGAGCUGCCAUCACCACCACUCCAACCACCGCGCAUGCAGUUUGAUGGAUCUUCGGAAAGUCAGGAGUCCAGCCCAGUUGAGGAGCAAGGGACAGCCUUAGACAAAGAAAAUCAGAGGCGCUCCUCAAUGCUGAGUGGUGUGUGGAGUCUGAUGAAGAACCAGAGUCGAAGGGCUUCGCAACAGCAGCAGGCCGAUGGAAUGUACCUUGAGCAGUUUGAUGUCAACAUGGAUCCAGAAGUGGCAGCCCUUUACUUCCCAGCAUCUUACAGACCUGCAGGGAGUGACGACGUCUCGUUGCCAAGUAGGCCUUCCUUGACAGAAGCCACCGUCAAAGAGGAGGACACUGAGUCGGGUAAGGGCCCAUCAAUUCCUCAGUCACCUCACAGCGUGGAAGGUGCCAUUGGCGAGCCAAAGUUUUUGGAUAGUGAUCUAGAAGAUGGAAAAAGUUCCGAUAAGCUAUUUACUGAUCUCGCCCUGUCGCUGUGCGGCCCCCUUGACCUGAGUAACCCACCAAGUGAAGAAGUGUUCUCCAAAGCAAUCGUUAGUCACGAGGAAUUCAAGCAAAACCCAGCCCUGCUAGAAAACCCUGCCCUUGUAGUUCGGUUGAACAACAAGCUGCAGACGUGGCGCGAGGCAGCUCCGGAAGUUAUGUCCCUGCUGCUAUUCCAGCAACCACUGGUCCCUAAGAAGGAGCAGACUCCAGAUAUUCCAGAAAUGUUAGGACCUCUGUCCGUCGGUGAUCAAGCAGAGACCUCCCCUAUCGAAAGCAACUCUCAGUCGACUGCUGACCCAAUUGUUGAAGAGACCCCACGGUAUUCGUGGUUUUCUUGGAGACGCAGCGGAAGUGUGUCUAAGAAAAGUGACAUCAGUCCUCAGCUUCACGAUGUAGCCGCUGGCCGGUUGCCAAGUUAUCGUAGUUCAGACGAAGAAGAGCUAAAUGAGAUUGCCGCCAAGUCCGCGUUGAAAGAAGACACAAUAACAAAAGAGGGUGAAGGUUACAGUGGCUCUAAUUCUUCGGAUGAGUCAGACGGCGCUUCGUCGGCCAACAGAAUUGCUAUUCCUGGUGCUAGGCUACGGCUAGACAAAGAAAACAAAGUUUAUAGAAAAACGCUUCGUCUCUCAUCAGAUCAAAUUGCUAGUUUGCAGUUAAACGAAGGUGCUAACGAGGUGGUAUUCAGUGUGACCACUGCCUACCAGGGCACAACCAGAUGCAAGUGCCACGUCUACCGCUGGAGGUGGGACGACAAGAUUGUAAUCAGUGACAUUGACGGAACAAUCACAAAAUCUGAUGUUUUGGGUCACAUUUUGCCCGUGUUGGGCAAAGACUGGGCGCAGUCUGGAGUUGCACAACUUUUCACCAAGAUUAAAAACAACGGCUACAGGCUACUCUAUCUGUCAGCAAGAGCCAUCGGACAAGCCAGAACAACCAGGGACUACCUGAAGUCCAUCAAGCAAGGAGAUCUUUCUCUACCAGAGGGGCCCCUCCUACUCAACCCAACAAGCUUGAUUAGCGCCCUGCAUAGGGAGGUCAUUGAGAAGAAGCCAGAGGAAUUCAAAAUUUCCUGUCUCAGGGAUGUGCAGGCCUUGUUUCCCUAUGACUGCAAGCCGUUUUACGCUGGAUACGGAAACAAAAUUAACGAUGUAUGGGCUUACCGUGCGGUCGGGAUUCCCAUAUUCAGGAUAUUCACCAUCAACCACAGAGGAGAGCUGAAGCACGAACUCACUCAGACUUUCCAAACUUCUUACAUGGGCCAAAGUGAUGCAGUAGAUGAUAUUUUCCCUAUUAUUACUCACAAAGAACCAAGUUCUGAGUACUCUAACAUGAGCUACAUUGUGGACCAAAUGUUCCCGCCACCAGCGGAAAGUAAGUCGGCCACCGAGGACUUCAACAGCUUUAACUUCUGGCGCGACCCCAUUCCUGAACUUGACCCGAGCAUGAUUCCUGAAACGCCAGUCUCUCCCAAGGGCAGCAAGACCCCUGUCAAGGAGUCCAAAUCUGUUUUGACCAAAUGAGCCAGGAUGUUGUUUGUGCACUGUUGAAUCUGCUGCAUAUUCUCACCCCUUUCGCUCCUUUUGUGUAAGUUGCAGUCAUUUUUUUUUUAUUUAUCUUGCUCUUUAACCGCGUACACCUCUAACUGAGAUGGCAAUAAUGUUGUGGCAUCUUUUAACUGAUUUAAAAUGCAUGGAAUUAUUAAUUUGAUCUGCAAAAUGUGCAGCAAAUGCCUUGGCAGUAUUUCCUUAAUUGCUACAAUACAUAUUCAUAAAAAAGGAUUUCCCCACAGUAGCUCCGCUUAUUUAAAUUCUGAACUCAAAACUUGGAUGUUUUCAUUUCGAUUUUGCUAAGCAAGCGUUGCUUGAUGGGUUGCGUGAGUUGUAAAUUAAUUACGCUCAUAAGCGCUCCGACCCUCCUGUUGUUAUCCCAGAAAAUAUAUAUUCAAAGUUUCAGCUUGUUAAUUUCACUGACACACAGAGAAACGCACGCUAGACAAUUAAGGGUGCGAUGUCACGUUGAUCGAUUUACCAUCAAGGCUCUCAAGUUCUGCCUUGCAUUAUUUUCAAGUUGGUAAAAGUCAAUUUCCUUUUAUGGUAAUUUUGUCAACUUGAGGCGGGUUUCUCUGUUUUAUUGCAUUUGUACUUUGCUCAUAAAAAGUUAACGCGUUCAUAUUUUCCCGACGCCAUAAAGCUGCCAAGAAUAGUUGGAACGCGAAUUUCACGAAAGCUGGUUGAAAAAAGAAGAGCUUCCCACCGAGGUUCUAUCUUUGGCGUAAUAGCGUUUUUAACCGCCGUUGAAAAUUCGUGAUUUACGUUUGCCAAGGUUGAGUCGGAUUGUGAAAUUUGCGGCAUUUGCUGACAUAUUUCAGACAUUUUUGUAAAAUUCGCAGUUGCUAAUUGUAAUAUUUAUAUUUUGGCAGGCAGUGACAGUCCUGUAUCUGAGAUAGAAUAUUGCCAUCCAAUGCUUGAGUAGGGUUGUAGCAGAGCAAGUCACACUAAUGAAAUAUUGGCUUCCGUUAGUCAUUUAUUUUGCUUCCGAUUUAUUUUUGAGCCCACAUUACGGUGGCUCUCACUUUUUUUGUCUUGAAAUUUUAUUUUUUUAUCUUGUUCUCCUUUAUAAUGAUUUAUUAUUUUCCUCUUUACAAAAGCCGCAAUGUGAACAAGAAAAUAUUUUGGAAAGUUUCCAUUUCAAUUGUUUUUUUUUCAAUAAGAAAAUAUUAUAUGUUGGAAUGAGCUUAAGUUGGAUCUCGAUUGUUUGUCUUGUCUUGUAAGAAGGUCAGUCUUUUCAUACUAAUUGUAAGUAAGACUUGUGACCAACUCACUAACCAAGUUAGUUCCUGAAUGCUCCGUGUUUGGGAUCACCUAAAGCAACAUGCCAAUACAAAGUUCAUUUACACUACUUAGUAUUUAUUAUUUACUCUCAAUAAUUCAUUAAAAAAAAUGUGGCAAAAAGUUUCUUGAAACUUCUCGUGUGAAGUUAAAAGUUACGCAAAGACUAUUGAGACUCCGUUAUAAUUAAUUAAAACUUUAUAGGGUUGUAAAAUAUUUUGCUCAUUAAGUUCAUAUCCUUUAUAUCUAUAAUUAAUUUUGUGAAUUACUUGUUGUUGUUAGAUUACGUUAAAAGUUAAAAAGGUUUAAUUCCCUGUGAUUUUUCUAUCAUAACUCGCGGCUUCAGCCCAUUAGAUGUGAAAUUAAAUAUACCCUCAAAUCACACAAUAGUUAUUAAACGCAAAGUUAGCACUAACUUGUGUGUAUUCUAUAUACAUAAUUAAACGCUGCAGACGGCAGAUGUAUAAAAAGACUAACUAUUUGUUCCCAAACUUGAAUCGGUAAAAAUGCGUGAAACAAAAAAUUU